CUGAAAAUAUUUGUACACUACGCUUAAAAAAUUUGAAAUUUAUGGUGCUGCUUGCCAAAUGUUGACAUUAUAUUGGUGGCACAAAAUGAGAUGUCUGGUUGGCAUGAGCUGCAGCACGAGUUUCGAAUAACAACCAUAUACCUGUUGCUGAUUCUCUCGAUUCCCACCUCAAACAGCGAUAGCAAAAUAAAAGAGAUAGCCAGUACGCCAGUCCAUCUACCCCAGAGCCAGACGGCCACGUUGAAACGAAUGUCUGUCAACAAAGUCGAUAUACCUCGGCUCUACUCUGCAUACCGGGUGCUAUUGAAGGAGAGCGGCUCCGAUGUCAAACUCAACGUGGGCAAACUAGGCAAGAGAACAGCUGUGGCAGAUGAGGAGGAUGAUGAUGCGGUUAGCAAAGGUGUCGAAAUUCUCAAGGAACCUACAGGGGUGAAUAAUACGGUGAAAGCAGCCACAAUAAAUAAAGAACUUCAAGAUAAGGCAAAUGGAACUAAAACUAUACUUGAUGCAACAGGUGAUCGGGAGGGGACGAAUGGUAAAUGUGUGCCGGUUGGAAAACUCAAUGAUGUGGAGGACGAACAGAACGAUAAGGGGAAGUCGAAAAAUCCAGCAAGACAUGGCGUGGUUAUAGUUAAAAUUGAUGUGCCUUCCGAGACAAAAGCGGAUUCCGAAAAGGACUUGGGAAGAGGCGCACGGCCUCAGGGCAAAAAAACUGAAAUGGAUUCAGCUGAACUGCGAAUAGCAGAGUUGAAUCGGGUGUAUCAGGAUUUUGUGAAUGCCUGGAAAAGGCCUACACCGGAAACAAGGGGCCACAAUUUGCUUGGACAGAAGAAUACAUUUCCGGCCAGGCCUUUUCGAUUAAGUGCACUAAACUCCCUAAUGAACGUUGUUGAGAAUCUGAAGCAGUCGAAUCCGGUGGAUGAAAUUGUCAAGGCAAUCAAUGAUGAAAUGAAUCCGGAAAAAGAAAGUCUCAUCGGUUCCAUUAAGCUAAAUAUAAACAAUAAUCUAGCGCCAGCUAGUCAAAAUCAAGAGAAAAACAAAAGAAUUAGCAGCCGAUCCUCAAAAAUGUUUAAGCGCUUGGCUCCUAAUGUGGCACCCGAUAUUAAGACCGGUGGCCUUUAUGAAGAGUACAAGAAAAAACUGAAUGGCAUUCUACAGGCACACAAGCAUCCGCGUAAAUCCCUUGUCAAAGAAGAGACAGUACCUUUCCAUAGUAAUUCAGCCGGAAAGCAUAAGGAGCUGACCCUGUGUCACUGUGAUUCUGCGAAAUCGCUAAUCAUGGCCGUCGACAGUAGUGGACCGAAGGUAUCCAAGGAACUGACGCCAUGCCAUUGUGAGGCCACAAGACACACCAACUUGGCAUUCGAAGGGGAUACGGUUAAAAUAUCCAAUGGCCUGAUUCCCUGCCAAUGUGCAGCCAUGAAAAGUGCCAGCUUGGCCGACGUGGUUAAUUCGUGUUUAUCUGAAACAGGCAGGAGCACAAAGGAGAAGAGCACGAGUACGCAGAUGAACAAGGAAAAUAAGCUGAAUGGCGGCCUUAAACCAUACUAUUUAUCAAACUCAAAGCACAGGCAGAUGGUUUGGAAUGAUGUGCCUUUGAUAAGGCCCGGAAGUCAAAGAAAAGGUAAAGUUGUUAAGCCGCAGAUAUUGUCCGCAUCCAAUGGUAGGAUGAACCCAACUAUAAUCAAUAUGAAGAGUCGUGCUCCAAAUGCCGCAUCUAAAACUAAGCCAAAGGUCAAAAUUGAGCAGGCAGUCUCUAAAAGUUUUUUGCGUAAAAACGCGACACACUCCGCUGCAUUUAUCAAGAAUCAAAAGCAGCUGCAGCACAUACUCAAAGUCUUUCAGGCCAAGCAUCGCUCUAUGAAUGUAAGAAAAACCUCAAAGCGCGGCUUGAUCAACUUGGCCAACGGGUUUGAUAACACGCCUGCCCAUUUGGCUUUUCCGGAAGUGCUCGUUAAUAAGUUUGGGCAGACGCAAGAUAACGGCGGCAGAAUGAUUGAGAAUAUGGCGAAGCAGUUGAAUGUGUCGCCUGUGGAGAUGGCUCAGCGGAUUGCCUCGUCUAGUAGUGCAGGCAGCUAUCCACUGCAGGCCAACUUAGCAAGCCAGACCAACGGAUGCCAAGUAUCAAUGGCAGCAUCAAGCCCCAAGAUUGCGCCGUCAGCCACAUUAGCCUGCCAACAGGGACCAACGGCUAAUUUAGCGCCCAUGUUAGAAAAGAUUUUAAAUCGACUACAGAGUAUGCAAGAUUCCAAUUUUAAUCAGGGUACAGCAGACAAAUUGCCUUGUUGCUUCGCCGAUCCAACUGACGGUGCUCCCUGUGAAUUAACAGGCUCCUGGGAGUCUCUACUAUUAAGCAUUCGCAUCAAUAUUAGAGAUGACAACAAGAUCGUUGUGCCGGAAGUCAAGCCGACCUGUUCCCAGCCCAAAUUGCGUCGCUCCGACACCAAUCGACUUUGGCGACAGUGUGUUAAAAUGACCCCAAUCGAAAUCAAGCAACGCUUCGUAUCAUCUCAAAUGAAAGUGCUUAAUGUGACCAUACAGGACACGCUGCCACCACGUCCGCGUGAAAUGAUGGAUAACCUUACGGAAUGGACAUUCACGGGUCAAGCGGUCAAUACUUUAGGUGGGCCGAUAUCGUUAACCUGUCGGAAGCUAAACUCCAAUUUGAUGGGAACCUUUCUGGGCUUUUGUCGUCGAUGCGGUUGCAUAGACACCAUUUUCGGCAGUUGGACCUUUUGUCAGCCGUCACGGGAUUGUCAGGACAUAACAAUGUCAAUUUUUGAUAGGCGGGACAUUCUGCGUCGUUUUUCGUUAGACGAUGCGCGUAGGGAACGAUUUAAGGAGCAAUUAUAUACAAAAAGCAAGUACGCCAAAAUAGAGAUGGAACGACAAGAAUCGGAAUUACCCACGUAACCGGCAAGACACACUAGUAACUUUAUUAAUUGCAGUUUUUUUGGUUCUAUGUUAUGUAUUCAUUUAUUUUGAUAACUAAGA